CCAAAUCACAGGAAACAUCUAGAAACUUCAGUAUGGCAAAAGUUGAAAGAGCUAGAAAAAGGGUUAGUAUUAUUGAAGUUAACAGAAAAGAAAUAGAAGCAAACGCAACAAGAAUAACCGAGGAGGAAAAGUGUAAAAAUCAAAAAAUUAUAGACACAGGUCCUAGAUUUGGCUGUAGACACGUACAGGCAAUUCUACUAUGUCUAGGCUUAAUUUUUGGAAUCGGAACUAGAACAAACUUGUCUGUAGCUAUUGUAGCUAUGACUGACAACACUACGAGUCCUAAUCCUGAUGUGCCUGCCUAUUCGUGGACCAACACCAGCGUGAUUCUUUCCUCAUUUUUCUGGAGCUACAUCACUUCACAAGUCUUGGCAGGUUAUCUAGGAAAAACCUACGGCCCAAAAUAUUUCCUUUUGACAGCAUUUUUUAUUAAUUGCGUUGCUGUGGCUCUAACCCCUCUAGCUGCUGCUAAAAUGGGUUCAGGAGGAGUGAUUUUAUGUAGAAUAAUACAAGGAUUUUUCCAAGGAUUUCUAUAUCCUUCCGUACAUGUGAUGUUAGGAACCUGGGUGCCUGAUGAAGAACGUGCCACGCUAAGCAAUUUUGUUUUCUCUGGAGUGGCAGUUGGUUCGAUGAUGUCCUCGAUUCUCACAGGUUUCAUAUCAGCAAGUUCCUGGGGCUGGCCAUAUUCCUUUUACAUUCUUGCACUAAUGGGCUUUUUGUGGUGCAUUCUAUGGAUCAUUUUUGGUCAAAACAGCCCCGCUACACAUCCCAGAAUCACUGACGAAGAAAAAAAAUAUAUCCAAAGCUCUUUGAAACAAGAAGAAGAAAUUCAUUUGCCAAUCCCAUGGAAAAAAAUAUUCAUUUGCCUACCAUUUUAUGCUAUAUUUGUAGCUUAUGUUGGUAAUGCUUGGGGUUAUGCGAUAUUGACUACGGAGACACCGACUUAUUUGGCAAAAGUUAUGAAUUUUAAUGUUAAAUCGAAUGCUCUUCUGAGUGCUAUUCCAAUGUUAGUAUUUUUAGCAGCUGGUUUUAUAACAGGGCCUCUAUCUGACUGGAUCAUAUCCAGAAACUACAUAUCCCGUUUGAAUGUUAGACGAUAUUUCCAAAUUAUAGGUUGUUAUGGUCAAGCUGUAUGCUUAGGAUGGCUAUCUUUCCUGACUGAAUCCGAAGCCUACACUAGCAUUGUCUGUUUAUCACUGGGAUUCGCUUUUGCAGCAUUUGUUCUCGUAGGAAGCAGCAUAAAUCACUUGGAUCUUUCUCCUAGAUUUUCUGGUAUUCUUUUUGGUAUUCUAAACGCUACAGGCCAGGCAGCUUCGAUCAUGGCACCUUUAAUGGCCCAAUGGGUGAUAAUUGAUCAAACUAGCAUCAUGCAAUGGCGUAUAGUGUUUUUAACAUCAGCGGGAUUUUUCGUUGGCGGUGCGACAGUGUUUUUCUUUUUUGCCACGGCAGAUAGACAAUCUUGGGACGGGCCUGAAGAUAAAAACAUGGAAGAGAGAAGGAAGAAGAUUUCUGUUAUAAGUUUAAGUGCAGUGUAAUUGAAAAUAAAGUCUGUGAUAUAAAACGAUAAUG